AUGUCAACCAACAGACCAUUCCUGGCCAACUUCCUGGCCGCCUUCCGCGCUCAAUCAACGUACAAGGCCUCAACGGCCGGUCCCCAGUCUGCCGCAGGCCCCGCCUCCUCGCUCUCCGCUUCCCAGAUCUCCCAGAGCGCGCGAGCGAUGGCCACCAAGGCCAGCGCCAGCUCGAGCUCCAGUGCCCCUCCGUCAUCAGAACAAACAUCCUCCUCGACCACAGGCCCCAACCACCACUACCACCACCACCAUCACCAUGCCUCGACGGGCGCCGCCACAUCCUCCCAGUCCCGGCCGCACUCCCACCAGCGGUCACCGCUGAACCCGGCCCCCAGCAGCACUGAAUCGUCCCCGUCUUCCAGUGCCACGCCUUCGUCGCCCCCAACCCCGGGCUCGUCCCAUCCCAUCCCCAUCGCCAACACCGAUGACCGGCGGCGACGAGGGAGUGAUAGUUCCAGUGGCUCGGGUGGGUUCCGGGAUGCCCUUGGGCCGGAGAAGUGGUAUAUCGGCGGUCGAACCCCGGGGGGAGAGGAGCGGUUCUAUCGCCUGGGGAUGGUGACUAAGGGAGGUGGACGGUUGGGUGGGAGUGGGCGAGUGGGGAGCAUUGAUCAGCUGAGUCUUUGA